CCACAAAACACCCCCUUCACUAUAUAUAUUCGGAAUCUACUAGACGCGUAGAAUACCACGACUGCCGUAUAGAUGCAUCUUGAACGUGUAUUCAAUAUGUACAUACUAUCGAUAUAUGGGAAAACGAAGCGUCUAACGACUCUUGAAGAGGGAAAGAAGUCUUCAAGCAUCUCCGGGUUGGAGAUCUAGCUUACUACAUACUUUCUUCUCUUCCCCCCUUCCUCUAGUACUAGAAGCAUGGCCGGUAAUACCGGGAACAGUACGAGCGAAGAUGGGGGCAGCGCUAUUAAGGAGCAAGAUAUGCUGCUCCCAAUAGCCAACGUAGGCCGGAUAAUGAAGCAAAUCCUUCCCCCAAAUGCUAAGAUCUCCAAGGAGGCCAAGGAGACGAUGCAAGAGUGUGUAUCAGAGUUCAUAAGCUUUGUCACAAGUGAAGCUUCGGAGAAGUGCCGCAAGGAGAGGAGGAAGACAGUGACGAGUGACGAUAUCUGCUGGGCCAUGGCCACGCUAGGGUUCGAUGAUUAUGCAGGGCCCUUGAAGCAGUACCUGGAGAGAUACCGAGAAUCUGAGGAAGGGGACCGGGCCAAACAGGAGAGAUCCCAAGACGAGGAUAAAUCUUCAUACCGAGAUCAGAGAGGAGCAGACGGCGAUGAGGCCGAAGCAUCGGCGAGGCCUUACGGGAUUGAAAGGAGCAACAGUGCCUCAUAUAGUUCAAGGCCAUUUUGAAACUCUACUGUUUUGAGAUUAGGACGUAUAUGGAUUUUUGAAGAUGUUGACUCGAGACUUUCAAGUGAUUGUCAAAUGGAAGAUCAAUUUCGCCGAAUGCAAUUGUCCCAAUUCCACGUUUUGGAUCUACUUAACAGUGAGUUUGAGAAGUGCUAUGUCAACUGAUGACCAAAGUUCAUAACAAAAUGAAGCUGGAGCAGAGAGGUCAGUACGUACGUCCAUUUCAUGUCCAGUGAAUUUUCAUCAGAGAAAAAUUAUCUGUGUACUCUGAAUUGAUAGAGAUUAUUAUCGCGAUUAAUUGCAUAACUCAGUGAAUGUUGGUAAGACGGGAUGGAAGAUUUCCUUUCUCUUAAUUUUUUGAAAACUGAGUAGCUGGAGAAGUGUAUGAGUAUAGUAAGCAAAAAUAUUGAUCCCAAA